AUGGAGGAGCGGGAGCGGCGAGGGAGCUCGGCCCGGGCUGGGAGCCCCGGGAGCCCGCCCAGCCCGCGGCUGGACAUCAACUCGGACCGCUUCGAUCCACUGCUGGCCCUCUACGCGCCACGCCUGCCGCCCAUCCCCUACCCCAACGCGCCCUGCUUUAACAACCUGGCCGAGUACGAGAGCUUCCUCCGCCUGGGCGGCCGGGGCCGGGGCCGUGGCCGGGCUCGGGGUCAGGCUGGCCCCGGGGUUCCGGGCGCUCCAGCCCCCGGCCCCACGUCGUCUGCCUCCAGCUCGGCGCGCCGGACCUCUCGCCGUCGUGGAGCGCCCGCCCCGGACCCCGAGCGCAUCCAGCGGCUCCGCCGGCUCAUGGUGACCAAGGAGGAGCCGGACGCCGGGGGCCCUGGCCCCGGCAGCAGCGGCCGCCCCGGCCGCCGGAGGAAGGCACCGCGCAACGUACUCACCAGGAUGCCCCUGCAUGAGGGCAGCCCACUGGGUGAACUUCACCGCUGUAUCAGAGAAGGGGUAAAGGUCAAUGUUCACAUUCGCACUUUCAAGGGGCUUCGGGGUGUCUGCUCUGGCUUCCUGGUUGCAUUUGACAAGUUCUGGAAUAUGGCACUUACUGAUGUGGAUGAGACUUACAGAAAACCAGUUCUGGGCAAAGCAUUUGAACGAGAACCUCCUUUAACUCUCACCAGGCUGUUUGACCGACUCAAACUUCAGGAUUCCUCUAAAAGGGAAGCUGACUCCAGGUCAAUGGUUGAAGAUUCCACGUUGUCUCGAUAUUCACAGACAUCGACUUGGAAGAUGGCCACAGUGUGGGGGAGAGGAGAUGAGGAUCGGGGAUCACAGAAACGUUCUCGUUCGGCACCUUCUUCACUUCUGGCAGCCAGGUCUGACAUGUCAGGCAGGACUACACGGACAGAGGGCUCUAGUGCAGGGGGUUCUAGUUCAAGGGGUCGGUCUCGUAAGAAAAGGCAGAAGCCCAAAGUGGAUUACCAGCAGGUAUUCACACGGCACAUUAACCAGAUAUUUAUCCGAGGAGAGAAUGUCCUACUUGUCCACCUUGCCCAGUGACCAGCUGAGCUUUGAGUACCUUGUUUUUAAAAUAAAUUGCAUGAAAUUGCA